UAUUGCUGACUGUCAUUCCGCAAGCUUCGAUUGUUUGCUUCACUGUUUUUCUAAUAUUUAUUUUGGACUCUUGACUGCAUUUGUUGUCCCGCGUUUUGUUUAAUAAUUUCCGUGGUAUGAAAGUUAUGAUUUUCCUGAAAUAGUAUCUUUGUGUUAUUGCAGUUCUAUUCAUUUAUUAAAAAAAUAAAAAAAACAGUUCGCCAAUAGUGUAAAUACCUUCAUGUUACUAAAUAUUUUUUUAAGAACAGCUGUGCUUAAUUGAGCUAAAAAAAUAGCGCGCCAAUGCCAAACGUCGCCGGGAAAACGUCGAUGCUUAAAGUGGAUCGGAAGAGUUUUAUUUGGUGGGACUAUGUUGUUUCUCAGUGCCUUAGCCAUCGGAAUGAUUACUGGCUUGCAAAAUGUCACCACGGAGGUGCCGACUGCGGAAAGUGACGUAGGGACGACGGCGGUAACGGACGGCAUGGGGUUGCUAGAGACGACGAAAUCGUCAGCCGGGAACGACUUCGUAAACGUGACUAUCCAAGAGCGUACAUCGAUGUGGGACUUAUAUCUUAACCACUGCCCCAAGUGGCGUCCGAUAAAUCAUAUAUUUUUUCAAGCAGCCAAUGUGUUCUUCCUGUUAUCCUUCCUGGCCCCACAUACACCCACCGGGCUGAUUUGGCUGAGAGUGGCUCUGGUACUUGGCUGUGCCUUUUCAGGCCUUUGGGCUUGGAGUAUAGAGUGCUACCUAGAUGCUGUGGUGUGGAACAGUGCAUUUAUAAUUAUUAACUUUGUGUACUUUGCUGUGCAAUUUUAUUUGAUGAGGCCGAUUAAAUUUCAUAAGGAUAUUGAAGAGGUGUACAUAGCAUUGUUCAAACCACUGCGGGUGUCCAGACGUCAGUUCAGGCGCGUCUUGAUGUGUAUGCGCAACGUGAGGCAUCUGAAGUGCCACGAGCUGUACGCGCACGAGAAGGUCACGAAGGUGGACAGCCUAUCUUUAGUGCUGUCUGGAAAGCUUGUAGUGUCGCAGAAUCAGCGCGCUCUUCACAUUGUCUUUCCUCACCACUUUCUGGACUCGCCGGAGUGGUUCGGUGUCUCGACGGAUGAGUACUUCCAGGUAUCAAUAAUGGCAAUGGAAGAAUCACGAGUCCUAGUGUGGCAUCGCGACAAACUCAAGCUUUCUAUCAUGUCAGACGCCUUCCUGCAGGCGGUCUUCGAUCACAUACUCGGUCGAGACGUCGUUCAUAAACUGAUGCAGGUGAGCGAAACAAUGUCAGUGAGCAAUGGUCACCUUCCGAACAGUUAUGAGGAGGGGGAGGACAAGCCAAUGCUCGUGGUGAAGAAGGCUGGUGAUGGUCCUGGGAUCACUGCACUGUUGAAUCGACAGUUGCAAGCCACGGAUCCAAACGCUUGGCGUCUCGGGAGAAUCGACGAAACUGACCACGAGACGCCCGUUUGAGGGCAAGCAUUGCAUCUAGCGGUGCGUCCGAGAAAACGCGACCGCUAGUGCAUUCUAUGCCAUUACAAGGACCUGUGGUCCAAUCGAACUGAUGCUUCGAGAAUGUUGCCAUAUGUGGAAGAUGAAUGACGUGCGAACAUGAACUGUGUCAUACGAUUAAGAAGAUCGUAAGGUUCAAAAUGUCUGUUUUUUUCGAAGGGCUUAAGGGUGUCCAUUGAAAGAAUGAAGCUGGGCAACCUGCUAGAAUAUUUAUCACAAUAACUAACUAGUGGUAAAAUUUAUUGCAAUAUUAAGUUUGUCGCUUAAGACGCGGGGACUAUUUUAAGCGGCAAAUUAAAAUAAAAUCUUAAAAUAAACUAAGGAUAGGAUAAAACUAAAGUUUAAAUUUCCUAGUUAACUUUUAUAAUGGACACUCAUAUUUUGAUCGAAAAAAGCAUGACUUUGUCUUACGUGUUUUAAUUUUUCACGAAAGUCGACUAUUUUGCUAAGAAAGUACUGUAAACUGACAACUGACAUUUUAACAGGCAAUAAUGACGAAAGCUCUAAAUUUACUGAAAUAAGAAAAUAAAAUUUUAAAAUAUUUUGCGUCAAAAAUACUGUCAGGCUGCUGUCGAUAAAGUGCAGAACCAAAUAAGAAAUAAUUAUUAAAAAUAUAUUGAGAAUAUUUACUAGACCCGUUAGUGUUACAGUGUACGUAUAUUAUAAAGAUAUUUUUUGCGAUAUUAGUAUAGUAGCAAUACGGACGGUCACAAAUAAACCAGAAUUAUUUUGUGUAUAAUAUUUAUGUAGAUAGAAACUAACUAAUCGAUGACGAGAGUUUCUUCAGUUGCGUUUUAUAAGUGCAGUCUCUGUAUCCGUCUUUCAAAACUUAAAAACUUCAUAUAUUAGACCUCAUUUCCCGAAUCUCUUUACUAUAGAUUUUUUUUUAAACAGUAGCUUACGGAAUGAAAUAUUAGUAUUAGUGUCUGCACUUAUAAAAACAAAUAUCAUUAAAGAACUUAAUCGCAGUGUGUCUUGUUAUGUGCUUAUAAAUGGUGUAUCUGAAUUACUGUAAAUAAAAGUAAAUGGAAACUAUGUGUACAAAGUAAAUCGACUCUAGCUUAAAUUGUAAGGAAUUUAAGCCAGUUAAAAAAUAACAUGUAUUUAUCAAAAUUGCCAGUCUAAAAAAAUAGAAGUAAACUAAUAACCAUGAAUAAAAUAAUUUCCAUUUGAACGCACAAAAAGAGAAUUGCUGAUUUACACAUGAUCACGAUAUGCAUAUGAUUAUGAAAACAAAACUUAAAUAUCAUAUAUAGUAAGAAACUUUAAAUUCCUAAAUUAGGAUAGUAAUAUUUGUACAGAAUAGAUUCAAGACAAUGCAAAUGAAUAUUAUAUUUGGUUUUAUAUUAGUACAUUGAAAUUGUUUUCAAAUUUGAAAUGAGAUUUCAUUUUUUGGUUUAUUUUGUACCGUUUAAUUAAAUAGUAAACGAUUUUUUUUAAAGUAGUAAUUUAAAUUGAAAAGACGACAAAACUAUGACUUAUAAUUAUAACAGACUAUAGUAAUUAAAUUUGACUCACAUUCCAUUUAUGAGUAACUUUAAUAAUUGGUAUGAAUUGUAAAUAUAAACAGAAAUGACUGAAAGAUUAGAUUGGAAAUAAUUCAAUCAUUUAUUAUAUAUAAACGAAGUAACAAGUAAUGAAAAUUCUGUUAUUCCGACGAGUCAUAAUCAAUUAAAUUCAAUCAUACCUUAUUUUUUAUAUAUAUUUUUAAAAAUAUGUUUUUCCGAAUCGACCUAAGAGUGAUUUCAUGUAAAAUUAUAAAUGCACUGCCAUUGCGAAAUAUAGAUUAAAAUUUAAUUUGUGAAAAGUUAAAUAAUAAGUACAUAAGUGAUCGUAUAAUAACAUGAAAAUAAGGAUCUCGAUGUAACUUUAAUAUGUUUACUUAUCUGUAAUAAAUAUUUGUUAUGUCAUAUAUACAUCCCCAUCCAGGCUUCGAAUAUUUUAAACGUUUAUAAUGAAAAUUCACUUCCAACUUUCAAAUAAUAGAAGUACAUUUAUUUUUAUUUUAAUCUAGAUAUUAUUUGUCUUUGCUGUUUGUGGAUAUCUUGCUAUUUAAAUGGAAUUGAAGCUCGUGAAGUGACUUCUUAUUUUACUGGUUGCUUCUGAACGAACAAAUGUUAUUACAGAUUUGUUACUUGCCUUGGAGAAUGUAUAAACACCCGGAGUGUUUGCGUUGAUUGCUACACAAAGCAAGGCAUGGAUGAUUCGUGCUGAGCUUUUGUGAGCUUUAGAAUGCCUUACCGAAUUGCCAUUUGUGAUGUUUGUAAAUUUUGAAUGUGUGAUUAUAUCAUUGUAGUACAUGUUGAAAUGAAUAGAGAUAAAAAAUAAAAUACUGAAUUGUGUAAAAAGUUGGUUUUAUUUAUGUCCAUUAUGUUAUUGGACUGUAACAAACAGAUUUGGGAAACAGUAUAAAUAAAUU